GGUUCUGCCCCCCUACAGACCAAUAAACAGGAGAGCAGCUCCGGCUCCUGUUACAUAACCAGACUGCGGGUCCACAGCGGCGCUCAGCCCCUCAUUCACCGCUUUACCUCUUCACGAUGGCAGCUCCGAAGAAAGUCUGCAUCAUCGGCUCUGGAAACUGGGGUUCUGCCAUUGCCAAGAUCGUGGGUGCCAAUGCUGCUCAGAAUUCAAAUUUCGACACCACCGUAAAGAUGUGGGUGUUCGAGGAGAUGGUGAACGGGCGCAAGCUGACUGAAAUAAUCAACACCGACCAUGAAAAUGUGAAGUAUCUUCCUGGUCACAAGCUGCCAGCAAAUGUGCUGGCCGUCCCAGACCUGGUUGAGGCGUCCAGCGAUGCAGACAUUUUGGUGUUUGUGAUCCCGCACCAGUUUGUGGGGAAAGUGUGCGACACCAUAAAGGGCAAGAUAAAGACUGAUGCAUUGGGGAUCUCCCUCAUCAAGGGCGUAGACGAGGGGCCUGACGGACUUAAACUCAUCUCUGAUGUGAUCCAGGAGAAGCUCGGCAUCACCAUGAGCGUGCUGAUGGGAGCCAACAUCGCCAACGAGGUGGCUGAUGAGAAGUUCUGUGAGACCACCAUCGGAUGUAAGCAUAAAAACCACGGGGCUCUCCUGAAGGAACUCAUGCAGACCAGCAACUUCCGAGUCACUGUGGUGGAGGAGUACGACGUGGUGGAAAUCUGUGGAGCUCUGAAGAACAUCGUUGCGGUCGGAGCAGGUUUCUGUGACGGUCUGGGUUUCGGAGACAACACGAAGGCAGCAGUGAUCCGGUUGGGCCUGAUGGAGAUGAUCGCCUUCGCCCGCAUUUUCUGCACCGCCGGUCCCGUGUCCUCCGCAACCUUCCUGGAGAGCUGCGGCGUGGCCGACCUCAUCACCACCUGCUACGGCGGCCGCAACCGCAAAGUUGCCGAAGCUUUUGUGAAGACGGGGAAGUCCAUCGAGGAGCUGGAGAAGGAGAUGCUGAACGGUCAGAAGCUGCAGGGACCAGCAACAGCAGCCGAGGUCAAUCUCAUCCUCAAGCACAAAAACCUUAUCGACAAGUUCCCACUGUUCAAUGCCGUGUAUGAGAUCUGCUACCAGGGCCACCCCGUCACAGAGUUCAUCACCUGUUUGCAGAACCACCCAGAGCACAUGUAAAACACCACUAACUGACCAAGUGCCUUCGAAAACCGAGAACACGAGCAUUUCUCCCCCGUCAGAAAUCGAAGAGGGACGACCAGUCACUCCGCAGCUGUUGUGCAACUAAAGGGCUCCGGCCAGCGAGUUUCCCUUCACGCUCACUCUUUUGUGGAAAAGUUGCAUUACACCUGUGUGCGUUCCAGUUUUUAUCACUUUGUCCUUAACACUCAGUUUCUUUUAAGUGCUUUCUGUCAUUCCCUGACUUGUAUGUGAAACUUGAAGGAUAGUUUUUAAAGGUUUUUCUUUCCGCAUGUGGUCAUAUAGCUCUUUUUACCUGAGACCUUUUUAAAUUUUUUGAGAAAUGAAAUCAGAAUGCAUGGUGUUAAUUUUCUAUAGAGCAGUCAAAUUGGCAAUACUAAUAAAGAAACCCAGACUUAAUCAAAUUAAAAACAAUUUUUUAACACUAUUGACUCCUGUUUAGUCGAUCCUCAGCUGCCAUUCAGUUGGCAACUCGUUUGCAUUCAGAUUUUUGGCAGUGCGAACCACUCAGGGCGAAGGCCUAUAGACCACCUUCUGCAGAGGGAAUGACAUAAUCUAUCUAACAUCAUGUUGCCGUCCAUCGCCACAAGUAAUUUAAUUCUAGAUGUAAUACCUCACUCUAUGUUUUUGUGUGCUCUAAAGUGUCUUACAUAAUUAAGUAUGAUAUCUCCUGUCUUGUACUGUAUUUUAACAUACUGUCGAUCGCACAGCAACUGUUUUUAACAUGAAAAUGCAAGUGCCUUAGAAUGCACGGUUGCUAAGUCUUGGCCAUUGUGUUUUUGUUUUUUAUCUCGUCGUCAAACCAAAGACUUAACUACUUAACGUCCGUCCACUAUUUGCUCCAUUUGUUAUUGUCUUGCCUGACCCAGUUUUCCCUCAGUUGUGGCUAAUGUGAAUUAAAAAUUAUGUCAGCAUUUCUCUGUGAAUAAACUAAUUAUGACAAGAAA